GACUUUAGGAUUGGGAGCUAAGGAAUGCGCAGUGUAGCAAUGUGCAUCUCCCCCCUCCGCGUUGGCCAGAGCUAAGCCUGGGUGGGGCGGAGGAGGCAUGUGACCUGCUCGGCCCCCAGCAGCGCCUCCCACCCCUGACUUGUAGGGCGGGAGAACCCUGGACUGAGACCGAUUGUAGGACUGUGGGAUAAUCGCCGCGAGACCCCGGCGGGGCCAGGGCUCUGCCAGGUGUGGGAAGGAUGGAUGCCCUGGUCCCGUUCUCUUGACUCCAGUGAGUGAGGGUGAGAAGCACAAAAAUAAAAAAAGGAAAAGCGGAGAGCCUUGGGCCUUGGCUAGGCUGGACAAGGGGUCCAGCAGGAGAUGAGCUCAGCGCGGGGCAGUCCAGGAUGCCACACUGAGCUAGUCUUGGCUCCUCUGAUCCCGGACUCCCGCGAGCCGAGCAUCUACAUGGAAAGUCGAAAGGAACGAUGAAGAAGAGUUCGACUCGGACCACGUCCGAGGGCGGCGGCCGGUGCCUUUGGUUCUCUACCUCUCCAAACGCGUGAGCAGAAAAGACUGUGUCCAGCGCUGGCACUUGGUAUCCGAGGAGCCGCGGCAACAACAAGGAGGACGAGAAGCAGUCUCCCGCCCCCCACCCCCACCCCCCGCAGGUAUGGCGAAAGAAGAGUGUAAAGCGCUCCUAGACGCCUUGAACCGGGUGACAGCCUGCUACCGGCACAUGGUCCUUAGCGUGGGCGGCACCUCGGACUCGCAGAACCUACGCGAGGAGCUGAAGCAGACACGACAGAAAGCGCACGAGUUGGCAGUGGCCAACAGGAACAAACUCACUGCUGCCCUGAAGGACAAGGACGUCAGCAAGGAGGACAAGGCAGAGUACGAGCGCCUCUGGGUGAUUUUCUCUACAUGCCUGGAGAUUCUGGAGACCGACAUGAAGCGAGCCCUAGAGCUAGGGCUGGAGUUCCCCCUGAACAUGCCCAAGAAGCACCUCAUCCAGACUGGCAUGUCCGGAGGCACUACGGGCGUGGCUGCGCGAGCCAUGAGUGUCCAGAACAUAAAGUAUGAGGCAGAGCCCAACAUCGAUGAAGUAGAUCUAAAGGACCUGGAGCAGGAGAUCCACAAGGUGGGAGAGAUGAUGUACGAGAUGGAGAUGAAAGUGAACGUGCCUCAGUGGACCGUGGAGGCCAAGCAGGAUCCCGGCGCUGAGCUCAAGUCCACCACCAGUGCAGGAGCUUCCUCUGGGGGUUUCGUCUCCGUAGAAGAACGAAAAAGCGUUUGUGACAUUAGCAAACUUCUGGCUGCGAUUGUUUUCAGUGCUGUGCUCAUCAUAGCUGUUAUCUUGGCAGUGUGUGUGGUGAAAUUGUCCUAAUAGGAAUGGGGGUUUAAUCACAGACUGACCGACUUACUGACUGACUGACACUUCCCCCUCUCCCCCAGGUCCCAUCAAAACUAUUCCUAUGAAAGACCUAAGUGGUUGGGUUUUUGUGUGUUUUGAUGGAAGGGAUGUAGAUGUCUUUUACAGUGAACCUGUGUGAUUUUUUUAAGUACACUUCAGACUCUACAAAGCAAUAUUUGCUUUUUCUGGACCUGGAAGAGUUAAUUUUGCACAAACUGUCUGGGUAUUAUCGCUGAUGGCUAGAAGAGAUUUACCUGCUAUUAAUAGAAGAUCUAUCACAACGACCCCAAAUUACCUCUCUUUAAUAGGUUAUUAUGUGCUGCUGGUUCAUGUUUACAAAGUGUCUGAAUUCGACACUAUGAUGUCUAAUUUGGGGGAAAAUACAAGGGGUCGUUUUGUAAAGCGCUUCCUUUUCCUUUUUUGUCUGAAAGAAAUAGUAAAUAGCAAAUAAGCCAUUUUUAUUUUAAUCCUUGCAGGCCCAAGUUUAGGAGAAUGUGCAAAUAGUGAACCACAGUAAAUGGUGCCUGACUGAUUGUACUCUUUAGCCAGGUUUCUUUUUAGUCACCAAAAAAAAAAAAAGCCAAACCAGACCAGUAGAAAAAGUUAUUUUCGCAUAGUCUCACAAGAUUGUCCUCCCUUUAACUACAAAUACCCUAUUUCAGUAGUGUGCCCUUUAAUGCAAAUUGGUAAAACUGCACAUACAUAUUUAAGAUUUUUUUUAACUGUCAUUCAGGAAGAAGAAAAUGGAAAGUCAUUUUAAGAUUUUUGGUGGUGAACAAAAUAAUUAAAAUUGACACUUUCUCCUUUACUCUAGUUUGUCUUUGUUCCAUAGCUAGACUAGAGUUGCUGUCCACACAAGGUGGGGGAAGGGGAAAUCCUUUUCUAAAUCCUAAUCCUAUAAUCCUUAGCUGCAAAAUGCCUAGUGAGACCAGUAAUAUUUUAACUUGCUAAAGGGGGUGUCAGGGAUUGCUCUAAUUUGAUGGAAACUGCAGAAAAUGAAGGUACAUUUUAUGUCUACAGUGUCCAAUCAUAACCUUUACAGGCAAGAAUUCAAAUUACAUCACUUUUGAGAGGAGUCAUAGAGAUAUCACUAAUCUAGAGGAAUAGUGAGUUGGUCAAUUAUUAGAUUUAUCAGUUCAGAUAUUGUUAGAUGCAAGUUUUCUUUUUUUUUUUGGAUUUUAGUAUUUUUUAUUUGGUACACAAACCUCAGAUGUAAUUUGAUUUUAAAAUCUCAAAUUCUUAACAAAAACAAUAUAAGGGAUCUAAAUAUAUCCAGAUAAAUAUACCAAAUGCAUAAUUUAUACUUCUUUCCUUUUGCAUGAAAACUUUGCCUAUUACUCAUGCUAAUGUACCCACUGCACAAUAAGCAGUUCCAGUUAAUAAAUAUAUAAUAAUCAAUAUAUUUGGGAUAUAUAUACAUAUAUGUGGAAUGCCUAGUACUAGGUUCAUGGUACUAGAGGGAGUGCUAUUUCUAUGCAAGAUAGGUGCCAUUACCUCCAUUUUGCAACUGAGGAAAUUGAGGUAAACAAACAAAAAAAAAACUUGCCCAAGAUCACAUAGCUAAUAAGUCUCCAUGGUCAUAUUUGAACUCAGGUCUUCCUGACUUCAGACACAGCACUCCAGCCACUGUACCACCAGCUACUUCAUAAUAACAUAUUAAAAUUUGCAAAGUUCUUUAUAUGUGUUAUCUUAUUUGAUCCACACAAUGACUGGAAGGUAGGUACUAUUAGCCACCCUAUUUUAUAAGCAUAGAAAGGUACAGCUAGCAAAUGUAUGGGGCUGGAUUUGAACACCUGUCUUCCUGAUUCCAAAUCCAGUGCUCUAUGUACUCCACUUCCUAGCUGUUUCUGGUAUUGUGCAUUUAAUUGAAUUUUUUUUCUUUAAUUGAAUUCCCCCCAAAAAAAGAUCUAAAAUUAUUUUAUCUUUAGGAAGUUAGAGUCAAGUGAGCUAAGCAUCUACACUUGUAAAAUAGUUGAGAAACCAAUGAAAAUACAAUUUGCCUUAGAUUUUAAAUUUGCAUAACUUGCUGCCUUUUCUUAACUUAGAACAAAUUUUGUUCCACUUGAAAACCAUUUUGCAUAAAGGGUAUUUUAAGGGGGCAGCUGGUUGGCUCAGUGGAUUAGGGGCCAGGCCUAGAGACUGAAGGUCCUAGGUUCAAAUUUGGCCUCAGACACUUCCCAGCUGUGUGACCCUGGGCAAGUCACUUGACCCCCAUUGCCUAGCCCUUACCACUCUUCUGCCACGGAGCCAAUACACAGUAUUGACUCCAAGAUAGAAGGUAAGGGUCUUUAAAAAAUUAAUUAGUUAAAUAAAGGGUAUUUAAGUUCUCUCCAAAGAGGUCAUACUACAUAGUUGAUUUGUUGAGAAAUUAAUGUGGAAUAAAAAUGUAGAAAAA